UCGGCGCACGGCAUACUGUCACUUUAACGUUGCGCGGACUACAGCCACGAUGGGAGUUUUGAUACUCAAUCAAGACAAGUUUUCAGAGCUCUCAUCCCCGGAGACUUCUCUCUGAAAAGGAAACGAAGAGAAAGAGCUCACUCGCAUGAUUUACACGCAGGAUGUCAGUGUUGUUGAAAAGCCGGUAAGAUAGUGCAAAGUGAGUUUGCCUAUGAGAGAGCUGCCGAUUCAGCAUCACACAAAGGGAUCUACCGGAGGAGUUCACUGUCACUGGCUUUGAAUGUCAUAAACAGCUCGUGCUCUUCAACGAAAUGGAUCACUUCGCAGCAGAGUGCCUUGUGUCAAUGUCCAGCCAAGCAAUUGUCCACGGUCCAAAAGGGAAUAGAGAAAUCAAGCCCGAAACUGCGGCUGCACAGAGGAAUGGGGAAGACACCAAGGAGCCUUUGAAAGAGAACUCAUCUCUGUUUGUGGUGGCGAGAAUUCUGGCGGAUUUUAAUCAGCAGACGCCCGCCAAUUUUGCAGAGCAGGCAAAAAUAAAGGAGGAGAGCACGCCGCCAGCUGCAACCCCGAGCGGGGAUGAUGGGAACUCUGCCACACCUACCGCCAUCCCCGGCGACUCUGCUCUUAAACAAAGGGGCAAGCGAUUUAGGGGUCGAAUUGAGCACGACGCCCCUCAGAAAAAGCACAAAUGCCACUAUUCAGGUUGUGAAAAAGUUUAUGGCAAAUCGUCCCAUCUCAAAGCCCACCUAAGGACGCAUACAGGUGAGCGCCCCUUUCCCUGCACCUGGCCCGACUGCAGUAAGAAGUUUGCUCGCUCUGAUGAGCUGGCACGGCACUAUCGCACCCAUACGGGUGAGAAGAAGUUUGGCUGCCCCCUGUGCGACAAGCGAUUCAUGCGGAGUGACCACCUGAUGAAACAUGCACGCCGUCACUCUGACUUCCAGCCAGCCAUGCUGAAGAGGCAGCACGGAGGAGGAAACGCCACAGUCUCGAGCAGCAUGCGUCCUGGCUCCCUCAGCGAUUACAGUCGAUCCGACGCCUCGAGCCCCACCCUUAGCCCUGCCCUCAGCCCAGCCAACUCGCCUUAACCUGGCCGCACUUUCAGCCCACAGCGCCUGGGUCUCCAGGCUGAUUUUUAUUUUCUUCUCUAUCCAUCUUUUUCUUUUCCCAAAAAAUUGCUGGCGUAACAAGCGCCUAGGCUAAACCCCGUCGCUUGCUGUGGUGUACUGUACAUAACUGCUUCUCGUAGUGCAAUUUUCUUGUGCAACCCUUAAAAGAGGAAAAAAUACACAAAAAGAAAAUGCCUUUCCCACAUGGCAAUAUUUACAUGAUGUACCAUAUGUCUGUAUUUUUAUAGCUUCUGGCCACAGCCUCUUUCCAUUAUGUUCUUUUGCUGUUUCUUUCAUAUACCCCCCGCUCCAUUCAAGUGAACUUAACAGUUGAAAGGUUUGACAGGUAAAGAUGUUCCUUUUUUAUUUUGUUUUAUUUAAAACGGGUGAGGGAGAGGGGCAGACAUACACCUCAGGAUUCAGAACAGUUUUUUCUCCUUUAAUACUCACAUUGACUGCACAAUACAAGCAUCACUUUACUCUGAAAUUCAACAGAGGUUGAAUUUUGCGCCCUGCUCAGGGAUGGCCUUGUUAGCUUGAAAGAAUGAACAUGAUGAAGAUAAACAUACAUUAAGAGACAGCCUUACACUCGGACAAAAGGAAGCUUUGCACUCUUUUUUUUUUUUGAGGUGGGGGGGGUUGGUUGGUAUUCACACCAUGGGAAGCAAAUUCUGGGUCAAUCAUACUCUAUAUUAAUGUUAUUGUUUUUUUUUUUAAAGAGUGUCAGAAUCACUUGCUAGAUACGAAGGGUCAGGGGGUAAUUCUGUCUUAAGUGACUGGAAGUGACUUUAUUUGCGACGUUGCGAUAACCCUGUACACACACAAACACAGUCAGAGCUGUGCUGGCCUGGGUCCAUGUUUGAAAGGGAAUCCUCUCAAUAUAGCUUGAAUGUCAUGAUCGGUCCUCUUUUACAUGCUUGAGCCGCCCGAUGAGGAGAACAGACAGGACCACUUCUCUCAGUGGACUAAGCUAAGCUCCCCUCGAAAAUUUGGAGGCUGAAGUUUCAAAGCAGCUGUUUCCUCAAUAAAAACAGCACAUUCAUCAACUUCAGGGUUUUUCACUACAGUACGACACAUUCAAAAGGGACUCGUCUGGAUCUAUACGCCUACUUCAGACUCAAAGAUAAAAAAUAAGCACAUGAGCAGAAUCCACCAAAGACCAAGGUGUGAAUGAGAGAACAGAGAGGUUUUUUUUUUUACUCUCUCCAGAGGAAGACGAGGGGGAGGGAGGGAUGUUGGCAUUCUCUCAGGUAACAGCAGAAGUCCUGGCCCUUUGCCCUCCGCAGAGCUCCAUCUGCAGAGGCCCUCCACUUAGGAAACUGCAUCAUCCUACACAGGGCUAUUCAUAGCACACUAGCCGGGGAGACGAGAGCCAUUAGAGCGGAGUUUUACGCACUCUGUCUAGCUCACUCUUCUGGAUGAGAAGGAGUGGGUGUACGAGAGAGAUGGAUGGAGGGCCAGAGAAAGAAAGAAAAAAAGGUUAAAAGAACAAGAUAAGAAAUCCACACCAUCCCAAGCUGCCAUGCAACAAAUUGAGAGGUCAAAAACUGCAGCUAUAUUUGAGUUAAAUCAUUGUGCUUGGCUAGGAUUGAUGUAUAAUUUCAAUGACGAAUUUACGUAAGAUGUAAUGGGUUGCAUUUUCGGAAAGCAAUGUAAGGACAAGUACAGUCAAAGAACUUGGCCUCGAAUGAUAUAGCGAGUAGCCAACACCAGUUAUGUCACCAUUACCAAAUAUUGUCUGCAUAAUCAGCUUGGCCUAUAUAUUGGUUUGCCAGAUAUGGCUGUUGGAUGGAUGUUUCCCAGUACUGGGUUGCAGCUGGAAAGGUAUCCGCGGUGUAAAACAUAGGCUGGAUAAGUUGGCGGUUUACUUUGCUGUUGCGACCCCUGAUGAAUAAAGGGACUAAGCCGAAGGCACAUUAAUGAACAAACAAAGUUUAACAGGUAAAGAACAAUCCAAGGAAAACGUUCUUGUACAAUGUCCAAAUUCAUGUACAUAAAGAACUGAUCCACAACCUCAGGAGCUGAUUGAGACGCACCCACUGUUGGCAGAUAAUCUUGAAAUGACCAAAUAUUAGCAGACUAAUUGACCUGGCCUAUAUAUUUAUCAUUAUCAUGGCCAAGAGUCCUAUCAAAUUGCCAGAUUAACUCCUCUUAACAACAUAAGAGUCAAGUGCUUGACUAGGAUUGAUAUAUAAAUUCAGUGACUGAUCCAAUAUCAUUAUUUACACAAGAUGUAAUGGGUUGCAUUUUUGGAAAGCAAUGCAAGCACAAGUACAUUGGCGUCAAUGUACUUAGGCUUACAAUGGCUUCAAAGAACAUAGCCUUGAAUGAUAUAGUGGGUAGCCAACACCAGUUAUGUCACUGUUACCAAAUAUUGUCUGCAUAAUCAGCUUGGCCUAUAUACUGGUUUGCCAGAUAUGGCUGUUAGAAGGACUAAUCUUAAAAUGGACAAACAUCAGCUGAAUAUUAAGCUGUGUUUUACAAAAGCCAGUGAUUUCUCAAAUCAGUUUAGGCUAACAGUUUUGUGAAAUAUAACAUCAUAUUGCUCCAUAACAUAGGUCACAAACUUAAUACCUGGAGGGCCACAGUUCUGAACAGUUUUUCUCCAACCCUAAUCAAACACAGCUGAUCUAGUAGUGUCUAGUAGUUUUGAACACCUUGAUUAGUUAGAUCAGCUGAUUAGGGUUGGAGCAAAACUAUGCAGAGCUGCGGCCCUCCAGGAAUCGAGUUUGAGACCUAUGCUCUAUAAGAUACUGGGUGCGCCUUAAUCAGCUUCCUUGUUCAGUAGUCAGUGCACUGAGGAGUGAGUCAGCCAUUUUAAGUGCCAUCUCAAAAAUCGCAAAAUUCUUCCAGUGCACUGAAAUGUUCACUCCCUGAAAAGUCCCACAAUGCACCAUGAAAAUCAGAUGCACAUUAUGCUCCCCUAAUAGUAGGUCAGAAGCGCAAAACAGAUUUAGAUUUAACAAAAAUGGGCGACAGUGGCUCAGUGGUUAGCACUGUCGCCUCACAGCAAUAAGGUUGCUGGUUCAAAUCCCGGCUUGGUCAGUUGCCAUUACUGCGUAGACUUGGCAUGUUCUCCCCGUGUUGGUGUGCGUUUCCUCUGGGUGCUCCGGUUUCCCCCACAGUCCAAAGACAUGCGAUGUAGGUGAAAUGAAUAAACUAAAUUGGCCAUAGUGUAUAAGUGUGUAUGGAUGUUUCCCAUUACUGGGUUGCAGCUGGAAGGGCAUCUGCUUUGUAAAACAUAUGCUGGAUAAGUUUCAGUUUAUUCAGCGGUGCCAGCCCCUGAACGAACAUAGUUUGACAGGUAAAGAACAAUCCUAGCAAACAUUCAUGUACAUAACUACCACAACCUAAGAAACUGAUUGAGACGCAGCCACUGUUGUUGACAGAUUAUCUUGAAAUGACCAAAUAUUAGCAGACUAAUUGACCUGGCCUAUAUAUUUUCUAUCAUCAUGGCCAAGAGUCCUAUCAAUUUGCCAGAUUAACUCCUCUUAACAACAUAAGAGUCGAUCACUAAUUAGGUCACAGAUUUACAACUCAAAGUGACCUAGAUUAUCAGAAUGUCUGCGAUCAGGUCAGGCUCACCUUGUGUUGAGGAGAGCAACAGGCCUUUAUGUGAACAAAGAGCACUAUCUGCAGGAGGCAGGAAAGAGGGGGUUGACCCACAGCGAGACAGAUAAAGACGGGGGCUUUAUCAGGAGCCGAGCACUCCAGCACAAGAAACACCCAGUCAGCUCCCUCUCUCCCUCCCUUCUGCGCUACUCCCUUCUCACCCGCCAACAGCAUCCCAUGAUGCAUUGCUGGAGCUUAAAGAUGGAAAACGGCCUCGUCUGAUUGGAUGGCAUCCAAGCAGCUGACUAAGGGGGUGUAAUAGAGGAAGUUAAAGCCCAAAUCAUAACAGCUAACAGACAAUAGGCAUGAUAUGCUUCCAAAUCAGGAGUUGAGCAUGUUGGGAAUUUUCAAAUCAGAUUUUAUCAGUGAACCCCCCCCUCCCCAUCCCUCUCCCCUCAACUUCUUCUCAGACAAGAUCAGUCCUACUUCAUUCACAAGCACAGGGAAACAAAUGCACAUCUUUUACCGUUGAAGACCACUGAUUCAUCAGUGUGACCGACCACUCAUUACCUCAAUAAACAGCUGCUUUCAAACUUGACUCUCGUUAAAAAAGAAGGGGCUUUAGGCAUUACUACUCGGUUUGUACAUAUUCAUAUAUACACAUAUCAACUGAACAAUGACUUUGCCGUCCGUUGUGGGGAUGACAGAUCACCGUGAGAAACUGUCGACCAGGCCUUACUCGCUCAGGCGAAAGGCAUACUGAGGCACCGCUAUCAAAACUACCGUGGCGCUGCUGCCUCAAUCCACUGUCUCACUUUCCCAUACACGCCAAGGUGAUACUUUUCUCAAGCUUUUCUGUGACAGUUCUUCGUUUUAUAUAUAUAAGCUCAUCAUUCAACACCAGCCAUCUUCAUGUGUCCCUUAUUACUUGCACGUUUUCCUCCAUGCCCGCUGUGGGGAGACCAGCAUCAGAGUUGCCCAGCUGGAUGUGCGCUCCAGGGCUUGAGAAGCAGGUGGGGAGGCCUGUGAAUGCCAGGCCUUGUCCCCCCUUUAUCCUUUCCAACCUCCCCCCCAACAUCCCCCUUUGAGGGGCCUCUCUCAUAGCCCUAAAAAAAAACCCUCCAUAAUCACGGCUUUCAGCUAAAGAAAACAGCCCUAAUCAAAAUAAAUAGUGCCACGGCGGCAUUAUUUCUGCAAUAAACCCACACGUAAAGCCAUCUAGCUGCGGUCGCACCCUCCCCUUUCCCUUCAAAAGCGAUGUCAACUUCAGCCUCCGUAAUUUCACAUGUCAGCUUUACUUCCAAAGCAAGCUUGUGUUCACUGUGUGCAAGAAUCUUUACUUGGACGUAGACCUUUUCGUAUAUGUUGAACCACCUUUGAUUGUGUCUGAAAUACUCCCAAACUGCUGGUCGGGGAAGGGUUUUUCAGGGCAGAUUAAGGCUGGAACCAAUUUUCUUUAUUCAUUAGUUCCUCUUAAAACCCAGUAAAAACAUUUCAAGGCUGGUUUAUACUACUGCGUCAAGCGCACGCGUAUGGUCCGGAGCUGCCUUUGCACGGUCGAAUAGCCCUCGCCGAACCUGACCUCUCAGAAAAAAAAAAAAAUUUAACUACACUUCACAACAACGUGUAGCACAAGCUCUGUGAUUGAUCGGCUUGGUAGUGACGAGGUGGGCGGUUCUGAGUGUCCAGAUGGAAACUUUUGGUUUUACCUAAUUUUGUUGUUGUACGUCCGCCAGUUCCCACCUCUAAAUGAGUGAGUUUGAGCUACUUCUACAUUAAGGUAGCUUUCAGAAAAAACAAAACACCUACGAAGAAACUUGACACAGUGGAACAUAAAAACCUACUGCCACCUAGCGUUUCGGAAGUGUAAUUGCAGAGCAACACAAGCAGCAUGCAGAAGUAUAAAUGCACGGCUACACGCAAGGCAGGCACUGUAGGUCACGGCGAUCACUCGGCGCAGAAGUAUAAACCAGCCUUUAGGUGUCAAUUGGAGAAUGAUUCAAGAACCCCCAAAUCUUCGAGCAACCGAAGUCCCACACAUAUGGGUACUGGUUAGAAAGUACACACAACUAAAUAUAUAUUUUUUUCUUGACAAUAUUUGCUGAAACGAAAUGUAUUUUCACUCACAGCCCGGGUUACGAACAUGCGUGCUUACGUUUCUGUAUUUUUCACUGUACCGAUACUACUUGAAUGCGAAGCAAGACCAUUGAAAACUGGUGGAAACAUGUCAAGGUCAUGACAAGUCAAACUCUACCUGCUUACGUUUCUCAGAUUACAACCCAUGGAUGUACUCAUUUCUCAAUUUUUGUUCAAUAUUUUUCUGCAUUGUUUGUGUGUUCAAAUCUUAGCUGUUAUUAUUAUUAUUAUUAUUAUUGAUCUUUCUAGUGAAGUGUGUCAGUGUUUCAUAAGGCUUUCUUUUCUGUCUGCUGCAACGAUGCUAGUAAAAUUGGACACUGAAAGACAUUCUUCAACAAUAAUCAGACGUGGAAGUUAAACGAUUGGUUUUAUGUGAGAGAAAAAAGGGAAGAUCCUGAAUUCUCGAAAGCAUCACACGAGACUGAAUGUGAUUCGCACGAUCACGUUAACACAGAGACCACAGCAUUGUGAGUAGAUAGUCACGUUCAUGGUUUAUCGUUUUCUUUUUGUUGUUAUUUAACAAUUGCAGUUUCACCUGUGUGUUAUUUUUUGUCAUGUACCAUCAAACUCAUACCUCUAUACAAAUCGAGAAGGCUAUGAUUUCUUGUUUUUUGAUGGGAUUGGGGAGGGGAAUUCGUUCAAGUCCAUAUCUGAAAGAAUUGUACAUUUAAAAGACAAUAUUUUUUAUGAAUUAUCAGGGUCUUAUGAGUCAGAGUCAUCUUUUAUGAAAUUCAUCUUCCAGCGGAUUGCGUAAACCCACACUCCCAACUCAUCGAGAAAUGAUUUGUGCACAAUGUCAUCUAACAAUUUUGACAGCAUUUGAUUGAAUCAUUGGAUCUUACAUUCAUGUUAGUUCAAUAAUGAGUGCCAAAGGCAUCAGGAAGGUGAUUUUAUUUCAUCAUUCGCAGUGAUAGGGAAGAUAACAAUGACCUUGUACAGUUUUCUAUGAGUGACGUAUGUUUUUAUGUGUAUGUAGCGGGGUGAAUGAUGUAUUAGAUGCGCAAGUAUUUCUUAUUUUCCCCUUUGGCGUGAUUUUGAUGUAUUCUUCAGUUAUGUUUUUCUUAAUUUGUCAUCGUUGUACAGAACAAAUGCACAUAGUGAAAACUCAGAUAUUAACCUUUUCACCAUCCUACGUGAAAGCUCUACCAUUCCAAAGGAUUGCAAUUACAUUUGCUAUAAAUAUGCUGCUUAUAUCCAACCAAUGCAUCAAAGCUUCGUUUCUUUAUGUAUUUAUUUUGCAAUUACUCUUCUUGACUGUGAUGUAUGUUUUACGUGACUUUUGUUACUAGUUCAAUUUGGUACUCUCUAUCUUUGCUGUCCAAUUUGUCACCUAUAAACUUCUACAACUGGUUCCUUUGCUAAAGAAAUAGCCAUGUAUUGUUCUGAUACGUCUAACCAGAACCCUCAACCCUGUAAGAACAGAAAACAGACAAGAUGGCUUCCAUACAAAUGUGCAGUUAUCAGAUCCAAUAUUGUCUUCCCACGCAAAAUAAAGGUCAGUUUGAAUAACUGCUACUCUCGACGCUGAUAAAAGGAUGAUGUUUUAGAUUUAAGGUGCAAUUGCCAAGGACGCUGUAGUGCCACGACCUUUAGUUUCGCCCUCACUUUUGGCAUUGGGUGACUGCAUUUAAAAGGCUUGUGUUGAUUUUCUAUUUUAAAAAGACAUUACCAAAGGCUUCAGGAUCAAAAGAAUGAAUGUUUGUCACAUUAGUUGGUUAUUUCAGAAGAAUUCUUAAGUCUUUUCCCUGAACUGAUUGACAUCUUAAACAUAUAUGAACUCUUUAGUUAUGCACGUUUACUGGGAAACAAUCAAAGUUGGCCGAGAGUUUUUAAUAUCGAUAUGCAAAUCAACUGUUUGGUUGACCUCUCAAACAUUCUAAGCCAUUAAAAGGCUUUUUUAUUCAGUAUAGUCCAAGAAAUACAUAUCUGUGAAUAUCAACAGACACUAGAAACUGCAGUCUUUAGUGCCCUUGUUAGUGUCCCAGCAAUUCCAACAUGAGAAGCAGGUUUGAAGCCUGCUCUAAGCCGGUCGAGUUAAACCAAAGGGAUGACAUUGGUGCUUUAAUCUGUAAGGGAGUGACGUUUAGGAAUGAGUUUAAUGCAGAGUAAAAGGAGUAAAUUGCACCUCCCUGUUCUCAAGAAGCGCACAAGCAAAAGAUGCUAGACAAUGUCAUUAGCAUUCUUGCUAGUGUGCUCAUCUCCCAUGCCAGAACAGCUUCAAAUCGCACUCAGAGCAGGUCAAGUUGAACUAGGGGUGUUGUGUUGGUGCCGUGACCCGGAUGGGAGGUAAUAGUGGCCACCUUGUAAAAUCUACAAUAGUAAAUGUACAUUAGUGCAGUCAACACUUAUCUUCCUGAUCUAGAGAAGGGCACUAGAAAAAAAUGGCAUCUUUGUUAGUGUGCUCACCUCUCAUGUACCAGUUUCAGACUGCACUCAAUGCAAGACUAGUCAUAUUGGUGCCGUGACCCGGAUCAAUAUAGAGGUUUUGGAGGGUGAACUAAUGAUGGUCAUCUAGUAAAAUCUAAGUCCGCCCUCACCACCCUGAUGUCAAGAAGCACACAUAAGCAACAGACACUAGAACUAUUGGUGCAGUGACCCUAGUGGGAGUGGCGAUUAGAGGGGAGAGUAAUGGAGGCCAGCUAGAAAGAGCUGUGUGGGUAGGACUUACCCUCCAAUCUCAAGAAGUGCACUAGCCCUAGUUCCCUUGUUUGUGCACUCACCUCCCAUACUGGAAUCACCACUUUGAAUCUUAUUUCGAGUGAAUAGAACCAAAGGGUCGACAUUACGAUGGUUUAGCAAGGGGUGUACAGGCGGUCAUCCCCCAGAAGUUGUAUAAAUACACCUUUCCCCUCAAAUCUGAGAAGGCACACCAUCAAUGAUAGCUGAAGGCUGCAGUCUUUAGAGUCCAUGUUAAUGCACCAUGCUGGAAUCGCUGGUUCGAUUCCUGCUGGGAGCAGGUCAAACAGAACUGAAGAGGUUGCAUUGGUGCUGUGACCCACAUGGGAAGGUUUAUAUUGGAGACCAGUUAGAGCUCAGGUGUCAAAUCACAGUUCCUGAAGGGCCGCAGCUCUGCACAGUUUAGUUCAGGGGUGUCCAAACUCGGUUCUGGAGGGCCGGUGUCCUGCAUAUUUUAGUUCCAACCUCAAUUAAACACAACUGAACCAGCUAAUCAGCUCUUUCUAGGUAUACUAAAAACUUCCAGGAAGGUGUGUUGACGGAAGUUGGAGCUAAACUAUGCAGGACACUGGCCCUCCAGGACACCCCUGGUUUAGUUCCAACCCAGCUACAACACACUUACCUGCUGGUUUCAAACAAGCCUGAAGAACUCAAUUAGUUUGAUCAGGUGUGUUUAAUUAGGGGCUUAAAGCUAAACUGUCCAGAGCUGUGGCCCUACAGGACACCAGGGAGUGAGAGAGUAAACCUUCAGCAUCCAUGUUAGUGCGACUGCCUCCCAUCCAUCUCGAAUCCCACUCGGAGCAUGUCGAGUAGAAUCUACGUUACACCAACAUUGAAAACAACUGUACAGCAUUGCCUUUAUACUCUCAAGUUGUGAACGUCACGUACCGAUAAAAACGACACUGUGUUUUUGCAGUUAGAUGUUUCUCCAAAGAUGUAGUGUAAACGCCAUACGGUGAUUGUGUAUCCAGGUAAACAAAGAGUGAUGUCAUGGUCGUCUCCAGACAGCGACUUCAGAAAUGAUAUUUACCCUAGUCAUGCGCUAACAAACAUCAUUUAGGUUGAGGUUUGCGUAAUGGUACCCUCUUUGAAAUGGUGGAUUGAAGUCUUAGCCGUGGCUUAGGUUUGACUGUUGUUUAUGUUUCGUCUCUUGCUCCGCUCAGGAGACACAAACUGCUUUUGAGGGCUGUGGUCACUUCUGUUAGUCUGGUCGUCUGACGAAUUGUGAGGUUGGCAUAGUUCAACCCUCACUCCUGUAAAAAAAGUGCAGGGCGACCAUUUGUCUCUAGAUCUAGCAUCUCAACGAUCAAACCCAACCAAACACUGAAAUUCAUUUCAAAUAUAUAUGCCAACAUUUUGCCCAAUCACAACCCUACUUUGAAUAAAUCGGACACUGUGAAAGCCAUUUGGAAAGUCUGAUUGCGACUUUCCUAUAUACACGAAAAUCAGAUCAGGUGGUCCAUGAUUUCAUAUUCCUCGUUCAGUCAUACCAGUGAAGCAAACGCUGUCCUAUCGUAGAGACUUCGAUAAGUGUUGUAUAUUGAAUCGUAGUGAGGCACUAGCGGCCUCAUGCUGUCCUGUAGACGUUCGCCGCGUGAACUCGACUUGCCUUCCUAUUGUACGUACUCGUCUGUAUUUUAACAAUCUAUUUUAACGACACCGUGUGAUGCCUGCUCCAGUGACUACAUUGCGCUGGGUUUCUGUUUCCCAGCACAUCUAGUACUUUGUACAAAAGCUCUUCUUCAGCGAUGGCCAGUUCUGUUCUCCAUAACCUCAUUCGAAACAACUGCCGCAUAAGGAAAAACGUUUUCUUUUGAUUGCUUUGAUUUGCAAAUCAACCAAAUCACUACAGUGAAGUAUUACAGUUGUACAGUUCCUUGAAUUAUUCAGAUGAUAUUGUUGCUGGUCUAUGGUUGCUCUGCUGUACCUUUUUACGACCUUUUAUUUUUUACAUGUUAGACAAUAUUGUGACUAUGUCCUAUGCAAAUAUGAGAAUUAACAAGAAUUUGUCAAAUAAUGUAUGUUGUCUUAACUUGUAUGCAUGAAAUAGUGAAGUUUACAUUUGAGAAUAAAUUCAUAAAUAAGACGCA